CUUUAUAUUCUUCCUCUUUCUUCUUCUACACGAACCCACACAUAAAAACAUUUCCUCUCUCUCUCUCUCCACUCUCCUCAGAAAAACACAGACGCGGCGGCGGAACCGUAUCACACACUAUGAUGGCUGCGGCGCCACCCACCGAAGACGUCAACGAUUGGGUCAAACUCGCCAUGAAAGACGACGUGGCGGUCGUCGGCGUUCUACUCGACAUCAGACACGCCGAGCCGCCGCCGCCGCCGCCGCCUCCACCGUCGAUGUUCAAGUCUCCAGCUUUGAAGCUCGAGUGGAGCGUGCGGCAGAGGCGGUCCAAGCACGUGCCGCGCCACCCAAGCGACGUCGUUGUUGACGUCAAAAAGAAGAAGAAGAAGGCGGCGGAGGAGUCGACCAGAGCCAGCCCCACAACGCCGCUCUCCUGGAGCGGCGCCACUUCGGUCAGCGGCGGCGGUGCCUCCGAAGAGUCCAGCAAGCUGCCUGAGCCGACCGACGCCGCGAGAUCUAAGGUUGCUGUUACAAGUUGCACGACCAUCUCCAAGAGGCCGAGAAAGAGGAAGACAUUAGCUCAACUUAAAGAGGAGGAGAGUCUUCUAUUGAAGGAAAGACGCAAUUUGAAAAAGGAACUGCUAAACCUACGCCUCAAUGUCGAGAAGCAGAGGGCCACAAAUGAAAGCUUGAAAAGAAUAAAGCUGCAGCAAACAAUGAUGAAAGUUGCAUCUUCUUCUGCAUCGGGUGAAGCCAUUUCGUAUCAACCUGCACAAGUAAAUGCAGUUAGUGAACUUACUAGAAUCAUUGAUCUUGGCAAUUCACAGAGUUCCUGUCCAUCCAACAUUUCUUACAUGGUACACGAAGUUGGGAACUGCCACGAAGCUGCCUUUCCACUACCGGAUCUAAAUCUUCCAUUUCAAGAUGAUCACAACUCCGAGGCUUUAUGUGGAAUGAGCUGAGAAGAUUCAAAACUACACUAAUAUUCCGUUUUUCUAAUUAUGCGGCAUCAAAUUCAGCAGCAGCAUUUAGCGUAAUAAGAUAAAGUUCAUCCAUCCUAUUUGUGUUUUUAGGUUGACAAACUAUAGUGUAAGUAUGAAAAUCAGUUACCUUGACUGCUUAUUGAAGUAAAAGCGGCACUGAGAGUAGUUUAGAGAUCCUAACCCGGUAGUUUACAAUACGUUCUUCCUCUUUCAAUUUUGUUUCUUUCAAAUUUUUAUGUCUGUAGUUCUGGAACACUCUCAUUCCUUUCUUAUUUUCAUUAUUUCUUCUUUUGGAAAUUGUGAUUAUACCGCUC